AAAAAUAUAAAAAGAACUUCUUAUGCACGUCACACACUAUACAAUUAUCACUUCAAUUUACAACAUACAAAACAGCGUAGACAACAGUUUGAUCACAACCAAGGUGCGCUUGCAAGCUGCUGGGAUUAUGGUGCGUUUGACGUUUGGUGCUUUUGAAGUUUUAACGUUUGUCUGUUGCUGCGCCGUCCGCCGGCAGUAACCGUUUUUCUUUUUUGCCAAACAACAACGUCCUUUCGCCUCAGCAUCGAUCUCAAUCUGCUCUGGAUGCUGCACUCGGAAAAAACAGUACCAUGGAGCUUAUAGCCGACCCAGCCAAAGUACUGACUGCGUACAAGAUAAUAAAUCAACAGCUUGCCAACGAGAUGCAGAAGAAACGCGCCGAAAUUAAACUGUUCGAGGAGCGGUACAAUGCGACGUGCGAAAUGUUGCUGUGCGAGCGGCAGGAAAACAAAGCGCUGCGGGAUAUGGUCCGCAAGCUAAAGGACCAAAUGCAAAUCAUAACGAACGUGAUCGUUUCGGUGCAGGAUCAAACGGUGCGCGUGUACGACCGUAUCAACCGUCCGUACGAGCAGGCGGAAGCGCUGAUGCAGAACUACACGCCCCGUGCGCAACAAGUGUUCGAACGGCGCCGGACAGAAAAUCCACCGUACGUGGACGAAGACGCUAUACCGGAGGAGGAACAGGAAGAUGUAACGAGCGUGGAACCGGAGCUCGCAGCAAACGACGGCGACGACGGCGGCGACGAACACACCCGACCGAACGAGAGUAGCGGCAGUAAUGAUGAGGAUGUUGCGGACGAUGCAGAUAAAACCUUCGCCACGAAUCGGUCCAGGGCGGAUGUGCGAACCAGCGGAGGAGGAGGACCUUUGCCGAUGAAUAGUCCGCUGGUGCAGCGUCUGAAACGACCGUCCAAAAACUCAAGCUUUGACGAAUCGUUCGAAACGAUCGAUCGCGAGCGGGCGUUCAAACUGUCCCGACACAGCCAAGACCGGCGACAGAUUUACGUGAACAUCGAGGAAAACAUUUCCGACCUGCAGUCCAUAGGCAACUCGUCCAAAAUGGAUGUUGAUGAGCAACUGAGUGAAACACUUCGGCACCUUUCGCCGGUAAUGAUGGACGAUGAGGAUGGGAAUCUUUCACGUGCAUCCGCUGGCCGUGACAGGGAUGGAGUAACAAACAGCAGCAAACACAACAACGACUGUCCCCGAAUGUCCGACCGGCACCGUUCGCAGCUGAAGAAAACGGUUAGCGAAUCGGUGCUGUCACGAAUCCACCGUUCAAACGAUGACGACGAUACGGAUGACACAGCCGAGGACGGUGGCGCGACCCGAGAGGUGGGCGAAAUGACCGUGUUUAAUCCGGCCGAACUCAUCGCCAGCUGUAGCACACCGGUUGCGAAAGGAUCCAGCAACGAGCGACCGUCCACCUCGGAGGAUGCGUUGGUUAACAACACCACACGUGACGUACCCACGACGGCCCGCCGUCGGAUUGGUCGACCCCGCGGACGUCCCCGGAAAGCGAGCAGCGAAACCGAGCUGCAUACGCUGCUCAAUCCCGUCGUUGUAUUGCAGCCGCUUACGGAGAAAAAUGUGAAGGUUCACGAGCGGAAAAUGCAACCAAGCCGCAAAGCCAAACCGAUCGGAUCGUUGAAGGAAUGCGACGACAGCUACAACCACCACACUAGCUACGAUGAUUCGACGUUCCCUUGCACCGUUGGUGGGUUAGAACCGUGCUCGUCAACCGAGAACCUUUCCACCAUGUCCGGUGAAUCGUCGGGUCGUCCACGGCGUAGGGCAGCACCAAAAACGCUGCGCGAACCAUCGCUGGGGACCAAGCUGAGACGAAAAUAGGCCGGAACUUUAUCCAUUUCAUGUGGAUUAAGAGGCGGUGUCGGUGCCGUUGUGUACCUUUCUCCAUUCAUUUCAUGUGCCCCCCUUUCGUUUGAUUACUAUUCGUAAGUUAAGUUGUUUUAACCGUUUGUUUAGUGUGGCCUUUAAUUUUAGAUACUUGACACCGCGGACCAAUUGGAAGCGUGCGUGUGUUGUCGCAUCAUGCGCGAGAAGGCAGUAAGCUAAGGAACUGAUGUCCAAAAAAUCCGGAACCGGAAGCUUUUUGUUUGAUUAUCACUGUGUGUAAAUUCGGUUGGUCUAAAGAAAAAGUAAAUUUUUUAAACAAAAAGAAAAGCGACUGCUUGCAUUGUUUCACCUUAAAAUUUCCAGUUUUAUUUCAUCCCAAAAACAAAAAACUUACUACGAAAGCAAAGAUUCCUUCUCCCUUUUUCGAUCCACUAUGAAAAUUGUGUCCGCAUCCUCCUGUGCUCAUUGUUUUGCUAACUGUUCGUUUCAUUUGUACCGCUCGAUAAAAUAGCUUGCCUGUGUGUGUGUGAUAAACGCGUAUAGGCAGGCAUCUCUAAAACAAUAGGAAUAUAUAGGCUCUAAAGGAGAGGAAAAGGUAGAAAACAAAGACCUAAAAAACGACGAUAAACACUUUGUUUUAAAUCGUAAAAUUUCAUCUAAACGAUUAUGUUUAAAACAUGUUUCCACAUUACGUACAGCAGUUUCCCUUCCCCCUUUUUUUGCUAAUCUUUUCCUUUAGUUUAUAUCAUUUUUUUGUUCCUUUUUCAUCAAAUCACAUACUCACUUUUACACCUUAAGCUACAGGUUGUUCACAAAACGGGAUUUUUCUUUUCACAGGUUUUCUUUUUUCUAGUUGAGUUUUGCUCUCGUUUUAGCUCUCUUCCUGUUACUGUUUCAUUUAAAUGCUAACACAUGGUUUUAUUUAAAUUUAAAGAAUUAAUAGUACUCAAAUAUGCUUGAUUGCACAUAGCGCGUAACACAUGUCUCGUGGGCAGUUUCUACCCCUUCAGCGGGUGCUCUUUCUUCCGAUGAAAGUCUUCUUCUACUAAAGCACGGAAUGGGAACAUAAUAUAUAGGCUAUUGAGUUGAUUGGUUGGUUGGUUGCUUAACGCAAGCUUACUACAGUGUGUGUGCAGCAGCAGUAAGAGAGCAUCUUAUAUAUUUGCUUUCUCGGUCUAUGAUAACGGCAUGAUGGCAAGUAUGGCUUAUAUAUGAGGAGCAAAAACAAUCUGCAGAAACCACGGUGCUGCUGCUAACAUCAUUUGUCUAACGCGAUAUAUCGAAUAAUAUAGUAACAUGCAGCCAUAAAGAUUUGAAUCGUUUUGUAAUAGCAUAACACACGCACACGAACAACAUAUGUAGAUCAACACGUCAUGCCAUGCGUGCCAAAGCUAAUCGACGGAUGCUGAUGAUAGCAAUAAUACCGCGCCUUAAACAACUAAACAUGGAAAAGCUAUGUCGCCCCUUCAGGAUUAGAUGGCACCUUGCACUUGAAAGCGCUCCGUCGACCGUUUCGCGAAACCCGUCUCUCUGCAUCUGCAUGAGUCCAUCUGCUGCCUGUAAUAAUGACGCUUUACCUAACUCGCCCUCGUUUUACGACAAAUGUAACGAAUAUAGUUUUUGAAACUCAAAACAUAACACAUCUCUCAGAGAGUGGUGCGGUGCACACGAUCGCAAUUAAUAUAAUACAUUCAACAACAGUAGAACAGACGUCACAUAACGAGGGAUGAUGUAUGUGGUGCGCGGAUGUACUACUACUACUACUGUCACUACAUCAGGCCAAAAGGAGGACGCGGUGGUUGCUUAGUAACGACACCGUAGCAACCGCACGAUGAGAAAGCCUGCUGCUUGCGUGUAAUAAUCGCACCCUUCCGUCGGUGAUAUGAUAGCAUAAUAAUUACGACUAAUACUUUUUCUUACUAACACUCACAUACACACUACGUAAAUUUCACCUACGAUCCUGAAACGAAUUACGAAAACAAAUACGUGCGUGAGCAUGUUUGGAACGGAUUCCAUCUGA